GGGAGAAACGACGCUCCCCGUACAGCAUACAAUUUACACACAGCCCCCCCAUCAACACUCGUAAACUCGGCAUCAGUACACUCUGCGCGCUUGUAGUGUGAACAACCAAGAGACCCCCUGAAGCGCGUAAGAUUUUAAAAGUAGCCCCGAGUGUAAAAUCGAAGCGCGAAAACGUUGUAAGGUUUUUUUUUAGAAAUAUAUUAAUAAUUAAAUAAAUAAAAGUCCCCACGGGUACGUUUCUUAAGGGUGAUUUUUAAUCUCAAAGUGCGAGUGUUUCGUACUCGUGAAUUUUAAACAUUUAUUACCCUCGAAAACUUAGUUUUUCUCACGCUUUGUAAUAUAAUAAAAAAGCGCGCGCGGUUGCUAUGACAAUGGCUACGGAAACUGAGAACAGCGGUAGUCCGGCUACGGAGAAAGACACCAAGAACGUUAAGGAGAUUAAGGACGCUCUCAAGGACGAGACUCCCCAGGAUAACAAGCAGCAGCAGGAAGAGGCUACCGCCAAAGCAGCUGAAAAAGACGAGGCAGAAAAAAAAUCGACGGAUGAUACCAACGACGCCAUCGGACAAGGAACAACACCGGCUACCGCUUCCACUCCCGCUCCAGCUAGUUCGGCGACCCCGGCUAAACCCAUUACUGUACACAAACCAACCUUCGAAAAGGACGUCGUCUAUCUUUAUCAGUUCUCUCGCACACCACUUCUACCCUCUAUUUCACCCUAUUGCCUCAAAGUCGAAACAUGGCUCAGACUCAACGACAUCAAAUACGAGAAUGUGGACCACAAGAUGAAAUUCCGCUCGAAGAAGGGACAAUUGCCGUUCAUCGAGUUAAACGGCGAGGAAAUAUCCGAUAGUAAAGUCAUUAUUCGUGAAUUGAGCCAGAAAUAUGGCAAGGAUUUGGACGCUGCUCUAACCACCGAACAAAAAAGUGUUUCGCACGCCAUGAUCUCCAUGAUUGAAAAUCACCUUGUUUGGGUUAUCAACUGUUGGCGUACCAAAAACAUGGAUCUUGUGUUCAAGGGUUACAAGGUCAACUUGCAACACGCUUUGGGAACACGCAUACCCGAACGUUUACUAAACUUUUUCUUCAAAUUCACCUUCGUUCGUAAGGGUGCCAAAAAAGUCAAAGCCCAAGGUAUGGGAGCCCAUACCCAGGAAGAAGUUGCCCAAUUUGGAUGCGACGAUCUGAAGGUCCUCUGUGACAUGCUGUCCGACAAACCUUUCUUUUUCGGCGAUGAGCCGACUACGUUGGACGUCGUAGCAUUUGCUCAUCUGGCUCAAAUAUUGUACAUCGAGAAGGACACGCCGUACUCAUUGCGUGAUUACAUGCAAGAAAAUUGCCCAAAUCUAGUAGGUCACUGUUCGCGAAUGAAGGAGCGAUGUUUCCCGGACUGGGAGGACAUUUGCACGAGUCUUGAGAUGAACACGCACUUGCCGAAUCCGGAGAAGACAGCCGAGGGAGCAAAGGAGGGCAGCAAGGAGGAGACAAAAGAGACGAAGGAAGAAAAGGAGGGAGACAAGGAGAAGGCCGAGAAGGAAGAGAAAGAGGCUGAGAAGGACAAGGAGCUCGAUGAGAACAAAGAAAAAGAAGCUAAAUAAAUAGCUGUCCCUUAAAAUCAGUAACAAAAGCGAACGAACAAAAUAUGAACAAAAAGAGUAAACCAGAAGACGAGAAAAAAAAAGAACAGCCCUUGCACACCAAUAAUCGUUUUUUUGUGCUGGCCUCGAACGGGAGAAUAAAAAAGUGGAAAAAAGAUAAAAUACUAAAAAUGCGAUUGAAUCGAGCGUUGGUCACAUCGAAAUUCGACGCGUCGUAGAAUUCUUCGAUCAACGAUGAGCUAAAGAACAAACGAGAUAUUUUAAGCCUGAUGAAAACGGCGAAUAGGACAUUUUUUUCCCCAUAAAAUCUGUAAUGUGAAUGAAAGCGGAAGAAUUUUGACCGGUUACCAAAAAGAUCACGAAUUAGAAUGUUUUUCCUCCAAUCGUGAAUUCACUUGUUAAUUAUCGAGAAUUUUAAACACUUAUUUAUCGUUCCGGGGCGCCCGAGAGUAGAUAAAAAAAAGUAGGCAGACUGAUAUCGAGAGAACUAAUCAAAAAAACAUUUAUCUGAAAGAAGACGCGAGAAAAUCUUCAAUUUGACGAAGCCUUGUUUUUUUUAUCUACGAAAAUUACAAAAAAAUUCAUCUAAUGUAAUACAACUGAAAAUUUAAAAACCCCCGAAUUGAGGAAAGUCUGUACCGGAAGUGAGGAUUUUCAGUCGAGCUCAUCCGUCCCAACGGGGGGGAUUCGAAAAAAUUAACAAAAAAUACAAACACGUGUGCGUUCUGUGUGAGAGGGCGAGAAUUUAUACAAGUGAAAAAUCACUAUGAACAAUACAAAUAAAUGAAUGAAUGAAUAAAAACGGAGUAAAAAAUAUGGAGAAUGAGCAACGGGGUGUCGGAUUUUUCGACACAAAACACCGCCUCGUUGUUAAGCUUCGAAAAGUUAAUGAAAAGCGAAAAAAAAAAUAUGACAAGUAACAACUUUUUUGAGUCUCCGUUCUGUCGAUCGACCACGUUUUUUUUUAGGACUAUUCCAUAAGUCAUUAGAGCCAUAAGUAUGCAAUAUAUGUGAAAUGCAAUAGGGCUAUGCGAAAGUCUAUACCAUGCGCAGACACAGUAAGAAUCAAAGAAACCAUGAAAAAAAUCAACAAAAGUGAACAAACAAGUCAAUCUGUUUUGGGGCAUGGAUUCAAAAGAGACUACGCAGAUUAUCAAUUGAAUAAACGUCGUGAAAGAGAUCUCGCUGAUUUGUUGAAUCGAGAAUAGCUAGAAAAAUCUUACAGAAAAUCCAGGACGAUUACAAAAAAAAAGAAACAAAAACCAUAUAGCUAAUUUUAACGAUCCGGGGCUCUUACUUUCGCGGAAUUGAAGUACCGAAAAUUCAUUGAUUUUCUGCAUGAUUUUUCUAUCCUGUGACACAUGGCGGAAAUGGAAAUCGAUACAUUUUUUAUCUACCAUUUUGUUUAUUCUUAUUUUUUUAAAUUUUUUUUAUCUAACCUCGACUUGAAGCGUAAUCCUUAAUAAACAAGGGCAGCGAGAAUAAAAUAAUUAAGUAAUUGACGAAUUGACCCCUGAUGAAACAUACGUGUGUGCGUGCGCGUUCUCCUCGAGCGCUUGCCUAACGAACGAGAGAAGAAAAAAAAACUGAAAGAAUAGAAGAAACAUAAGAAACGAGCCUUCGUCAUCGUCUAGAUCCAUUUUUAUCUAUCAUUUUUUUAUACAAAUAUAUAUAUAUGAAUUCUGUUUUCUUUCGUUUAUCGUUUAUCGAACGCGAACGAAAUAUUUCUCGACAGUGAUCGUAUCCCUAGUAUAAUUAUUAAAACGUGGAAAAAAACGAAACGAUAUACAUAUACGAGUGGCAAUUUCCAUGACGAUUAAAGAGAAAAAAUAUUGGGAAAAAAACAAUUCAAGAUGUUUAUUGAUGCAAUUUUUUUUCUCCUUUUCAACGCGAAAUUUCGUUGAAAAGAAAUAAGGAGAAUAUGAAGAAGCUAUAUUUCCUCUUCCCUAGUCCAGCUAGCUCUCUGAAUCGCGAAAUCGAAGAUUAUUUGUGAGAUUUUUUUUUCUUUUCUAUUUUCUGUUCUUUUUCGUACAUUUUUUUUUAAAUAUUGAAAUUGUGAUAUUAUCAAAAUACACACACGAAUACGAAUAUUGACGUAUACGCAGCAUACACACAUACACAUAGACGUUACACGAGAAAAAUGGCGAUUGGAAAAAAUCAAUGAAACUGCCAACGACAAUCUUCGAUCGCCACUUUAAUCAGCGCAUUGAUAUUUGUUUAUUUUUGCUCUUCACUCUCUCUUUCUCUCUCGUGCAAUUCUCUUUAUCGUCAUUUUGUCGUUGUUGUAUGACAGAAGAUAUUCGAGAUUGUUGUGGGACUCACGCGAUUUUUCAAAAAUUUUUUUUUUUUUUUAUUUCUUUCUAUUGUUGCUUUAUUUCAAUAGUCUCGAUAGUGUGUAAAUUUUUAAGUAAAGUCGCUCUCUCGAAGGCCUAAGAGUCUUUCAAGUCAUUGUCUAAUAUAUGCGCGAUCAUUGAUAAGAUUUUGCUGUUCACACGUAUAGCGAAAAAUAUGUUGGUUAUUGAAAUUUUUCGCAAAAUUGAUGAAAAAAAAGAAUUUAAAAAAAAUUUGUAAUAUUCGAAUAUGAAAAUAACGAGAAGAAUUAUUGCGACAAAAGUUUAGUGAAAAAUCUUUGAUCACACGUCGUCAUCGUUAUGUGGCAACGUGUUUUAUUCGCCAAAGCUCGAAAUCGUGAAUAAAAACAUUUGUUUUGAGGAUGAGAAACGACGAGUAACGUUUCAAAAACAAGAGAAAAAAAGAAAGAAAAAACAAAAAAAUAGACUAAGGAAAACGAUGAAACAUUACGUAGGAAUUAAAAUAGCUCUUUAUUGACAAAAUCUUCGGUUUAUUUUUUUUACUAUUUUUUCCUUCUUUCAUCUCCGCAUGAAUGAAAUUUUGACAAGCAUUGAGCUAAUGCGCGACAUUGAAUUGUUUAGUUUUCCCCUCCCCCUAAUAAUAAUUCAUAUUCACACAAUUUUUUUUAUUUUUAUUACAAAUCAUUAUGACUAUUAUAUUAGAAUUAUUAUCACAAAAAUACGCCAUACGUAAGUUUGUACGUGCAUUUUAUAUACAAGAAUUACCUAACAACUUAAACACAUAUGCGAAUAAUGGAAAAAGUAAAGAAAUAAAUAAAAUGGAAGAAACACGAGAAAAAGAAAAAUUGAGAAACGAACGAAGUAAAAAAAAAAAUAACAAAAAGUAAAAGGAACAAAAAAAAGGAAUAAAUAAUAUACAAAAUAUAAGACAUUUGUAUUUGUAGGAAAAAAAAACAAAACGAAACGAAAAAAAAACGAAAAGGAAUCGAUUUUACCCUGAUGUUAAUAAACAAUUGUUUGCAUGUGAAUUAUGAAGAAAUAAAGAGACAAAAAAAUCAUUGAAUAAAACCCAUUUCCAGCGUAAAGUAUCGGAAAUGAAAAGUAA